AUGGACAUCGACGAGUCCAGGAAGUACGACGGCUACGUCAACGAAGCCUCCCAAGAAAAAGACCAGGGUGAGAAGGCCUACGAUGUGCAACAUGGUGAGACCCGCGACAACUCCGACGAGCUGCAACGUCACCUUGGCAAUCGCCAAAUCCAAUUGAUUGCCAUUGGAGGCUCCAUCGGCACUGCCCUCUUCGUCAGUAUCGGUGGUGCCCUCAACAAAGCGGGCCCCGGCUCGCUUUUCAUGGCAUACACGUUCUACUCGCUCGUCAUGGCCAUGGUCAACAACUGUAUCGCCGAGAUGUCCAUAUACAUGCCUGUGAGCGGUGGUUUUGUUCGACUCGCGGGGCAUUGGGUUGAUGAAGCCUUGGGCUUCACAGCUGGUUGGAACUUCUUCCUCUACGAAGCACUGCUUAUCCCCUUCGAGAUUACAGCCCUGCACACUGUGCUCGGUUUCUGGAGGGACAACAUUCCCAUCUGGGGUGUGGCUAUCGCUGUGAUCGUUCUAUAUGGAGCUUGCAAUGUUCUCGCUGUCCAGGCCUAUGGUGAAGCGGAAUUCUGGUUGUCCGGCGGCAAAGUCAUCUUGAUCGUCAUGCUUUACUGCUUCACCUUCAUCACAAUGGUUGGAGGUAACCCUAAAAACGAUGCCUACGGUUUCCGCUAUUGGCGCGACCCGGGAGCAAUGCACGAAUAUCUCGCGCCUGGUGCCAAGGGACGAUUCGAGGGCUUCUUGGCUGCUCUGUGGGCCGCUUCCUUCUGCAUCGUCGGUCCUGAGUACAUCUCAAUGGUUGCCGGAGAAGCCAAACGGCCGCGAACCUACAUCAAGAAUGCUUACAAGACUGUCUACUGGCGAUACGGCAUCUUCUUCAUUCUCGGAGCCCUCUGCACCGGAAUCGUCGUUCCUUACAACGACAAGCAGCUGGACGAAGUCAACAAUGGCUCUGGAGCUGGCGCCGGUACUGCUGCAGCUUCGCCCUAUGUCAUCGCCAUGAGGAACCUUGGUAUUUCAGCUCUUCCAGAUCUCACAAACGCCCUCCUCGUCACCAGUAUCUUCUCCGCGGGUAACACCUACACAUAUGCCGCGAGCCGAAGCUUGUACUCUCUAGCUGUGCAAGGUCAUGCCCCGAAGGUCCUUCGCAAGUGUACCAAGAAUGGUGUACCAAUUUGGUGUUUCGCGGUUACCAUGUGUUUCCCGUUCCUGUCCUUCCUAGCAGUCUCCAGCGCUAGUAAUGAGGUCCUGACUUGGCUUGUUGGUCUGCUCACGGCAAGCGGUCUCAUCGACUUCAUCAUAAUGUUGAUCACCUAUAUUGCAUUCUACAGAGCCACAGUCGCGCAGGGUAUCGAUCGCAAGACUCUCCCUUACUGCGGCUGGUUCCAACCUUACCAGACAUACUUCGCCUUGGCCUUCGAGAUAGUUGUCGUCUUCGUUAGUGGCUACCGCGUCUUCCUGCCGGGCAACUUCACCUACGACACCUUCUUCACGACUUAUGCCAUGGUCGGAGUUGCCCCCUGCCUUUACGUGUUCUGGAAGUUCUUCAGAAAGACGAAGAUUAUUCCUUCCAAGCAGGUCGACUUAGUCUGGGAUGCACCCCUGAUCGAUGCCUACGAGGCCUCGUUCAUCUCUCCGCCUACAGGCUUCUGGACUGAGAUGAUACAGCUCAUCGGCCUCCGCCGUGGCAUCAAGGACGAUGUUCGCAAUGUUUAA